AUGGGCGUUUUUGGGCUGCGCAGGUUCAUUGACGCUUCCUCCUGCACGAGAUUUCUCCCCGAAACCGUGCAGGAUGCGGAGAAGCCAUUAGCCGCCCGUGAUCUCGACAAGACGCAUGGGACGGCCGGUAACUCGGCGCUUUCUUCGAGCCCUGCGGCGACGCCACAC